AUGACUCAACAGUCUGCAUACGAAACGACCGGAGUGAAACGCUUGAUGAGAGAAGCAAAGGAGUUGAGUCAACCAACAGAGCUGUAUUUUGCGCAACCACUGGAGGAUAAUUUGUUUGAAUGGCACUUCACAGUACGUGGCCCUCCUGACAGUGACUUUGCUGGGGGACGAUAUCAUGGCAGAAUAACUCUGCCACCAGAGUAUCCAAUGAAACCACCAAGUAUUAUGUUAUUGACUCCAAAUGGUCGAUUUGAAGUGGGAAAGAAAAUUUGCCUCAGUAUGUCAGCCCAUCAUCCUGAAACUUGGCAACCAUCAUGGAGCAUUCGCACUGUGCUCAUGGCAAUCAUUGGAUUUAUGCCAACGCAAGGAGCUGGAGCGAUAGGAUCACUAGACUAUACUCCACAAGAAAGGAAGGUUCUGGCCAAAAAAUCACUUGAUUGGAAAUGUAAUACUUGUGAAGGAUGUAUGAAAACUGCUCUCUUAGAGACCUCUGGUGAUUCAUCAUCUAAGGAAGCAGAAAGGGAAGCUGUAGAAUUAGCUGCACAAAUCACAUUUAAGGGAGAGAGUGAAAAGGAGAAAACCUCUCAAGGAAGCACAGCAACACCAACUUCUAAUGUAACAAGCCAACCACAGGCUGCCUCUGCGACAGAAUCUGUUCCUACAGGAAAUUCUCAAAUGGGGGCCUAUUCAAUGGGUGUAGCUUCACAGUACUAUGCAGCAUACCAGCAGGGGGGAUACCCUUACUAUGCCACAGGUUACCCGAUGUACAACAUGUUGAAUUCCAAUCCUUUACCAGCCCAAGGAUACCAACCUUCAACUAUUUUACCCAAUCAGAAUGGUGCUCAUGUCACACCAACCAAUCAGAAUGCAGAAGAUAGAGGGACAGCUAGUAGCAUGCGUCAAAGGACUGUGGUUAAUCAGAGUGCUGCAUCGCAAAAUACGAUGCAGCCAGUAUCCCAGACUAAUUCUGUGGUUCAAAGACAACCCCGCAUUACACAAAGCAGCAUGGCCUCUUUAAUUGUUCUUUGGGUCUUGGCUGUGUCAAUAGCUGCACUGAGCGAACAAGAGGCGUCAUAUUUACAAAUAAAUCAACACAGCUACACAUUCUCGCAAUAUCCUUUGGAAUAUGAAGGUUGUAACGAAUAUCAAUGUGUUACUGAAUACGAACGCGAAUGCUUCGCUGAAGGUGUGGAUUGA